AUGGCAAAGCAUCACCAUCUUCACGAGCAUCAGCACGGCACUGAUCAACCGCACACUCCAACAAGAAGAGGCCGCCCGCGACAUUCUGACGAUAAUACACUCGAAACGGAUGAUGAGCCUCGCACGGUAGAAACUGUAGUCGAGGAUGUUGACGAGUUGCCGCGAAGCGGUUUAGUUGUCUUCGACGACUGUGUCAGUUACGUUCACAUCAACAGUCUCCCUGAAAGAGCGCUGAGCCGAUGGCGCCAAGAAGAACGGCAGUACCAGCAACGUGCGCAAGAACAAGACAUCCAACCUCCACGGAGCGAAAUACCUCCAGCGAUCUACGACGGCUCAGCCCCCGUCCUCUCCAGCCGCAGACUAACCCAAGUCUCCCGCGCAUGCAUCAUCGCAUCAGGCGGCUUCUACGUUGUCAACUGCGACACAACAGGACCCCAGGUUAACAUCUGCUGGCGCGUUCCCGGCCCGCGAAACAUAUGGCUUGCGAGACUGGCAGCCAGCCCAGAUGGGAGCAAUACGAAUCGUCCGCCUUCGAUUGUUCCGGGGAUGACGCUGUCGUGCUUUCGGAGGGGACCGUCGGGGGGUGAAUGUGCGUGGUCGAUCAUCAUGGCGAAGUCUUGUGGUGAUGUGGAGGAGAGGAUUGGGCGUGGGGAAGGGGAGUUGAUCUUUGAUGAACCGAUCAGUGAGGAGAGUUUGGUUGCGUUUGGGAGGGCUGUUGGGAUUGAGGUUUUGUGUGUUCGAGAGUGA